GUCCCUCUACUGGCCUGUGCCUCCUCUGAACCCCCAUCCGGAGCCAAAGAUGUCUGUACAGUCAGGGCACCAGGCCAGGCCUCAUACCUUGUCCCUCAUGCAGGCCCCUAGGCAUCACAGGUGCAGCGUUCAGGGGCCCCUCAGGGUCGGUUGGCACCCAUGAUUUUAUCUCCCUCUUACUUGUGACGGCACUGCCCGUGCCCCCCGGGCUCCAGUGAGGGCCUGGACCUUGCCCCAGGUGUGCAGAGCCCCCUGUAGUCCCUCUCCCAGCCUUCACGUGUGCUGGCCAUCGUAGGCCACCAGCAGUCGGUGCUUCACAGCCAUGCUGCACACCUCCGCACCAUUCAGUUGCCACUCUGUGCGCCACUCAACAGUGACAGUAAUGGGGUUCUCCAGAGAAAUGGAACCCGCAGGAUAGAGCGAGAGACGGUGGGGGCUGGUGAGUGAGGUCUGCAGGGCAGGCCAGCAGGCCAGGGACUGAGGGGAGAGUGGACUUUGUGGCCUGGGGUCCAAAGUCUGCAAACUCAGGGUUAGCGUGUUAAAGUCUGAAGGCAGCACUGCUGCUUUGGGAAACCUCUGUCCUUGCCCUUAAGGCCUUCCACUGACUGGAUGCAGCCCUCCCAAAGUGUGGAGGGCAAUCUGCUUUAUCAAGGUCUGCGAAAUUCAGAGUUAACCACAUCUAAAGGAUGCUUUCACAGCAGCAUGGAGACUGGCGUUUGAACAAACAGUGGGCACCAGGGCCUGGCGAAGUCGAUGUGUCGAACUGACCAACGUAGUCACUCCCCUGUGCUUGCAGGGACUCAGCCGGCACACUGCUCUGUCCCGUGCCCACCUCGACGCCCAGCAACUGCUCCUUUCCCAGCAGCCGCGGGCAGUCCCACAACCUCCCCGUGUGUAGCACCGGCCCCCCCCCCCCCACACCGCCGUCGGACAGUUGCGUCUGCACACGUCCCCGCAUGCCGUCCAGCCGUGCCGCGGCACGCACACACCGCAUUAUUCAGCCGUCACCCCUUGCACACGUGUCCUGUCGUAUCCACCCCCGGAACCCCUGCUCUACCACGUCCUCGCUCCUCCCACGCAUCCCACACGUCCCUUGAAUGCCGGUGCUCACACUACCCUCCAGUCAGUGCACGGUGUGCACACCUGCAGUACCUCACAUUUGCUCCUCCUGUUCUCAUCAUCAAGAUUUUGGCUCUAGCACGCCCACUGGGUGCUAUUAGACAAUGUCGCACUGCACGCUCAGGCCACGUGCAAACUUGGCUUCGUUCUGUUCCUUGUAGUCCUGUCUCCACAGCCGUGGUGUGCCGUCAAGCGGUGCUUGCACGUUCGUGGUGCAAACCCGUGACCACUGCACACACGGCAACUCAUCAGUUGUUCCUCGCGCGUUCAAGCUGUGCCAUCCAACCCACUAAACCACCCAGAACUGCCGUGUGUGGCCAACAGCUGCUGCUCCAUGUCGCUCUAGCUUCCGCCCCCCUCUUGCACACCCACUUGCAUUCAACAAACUGCACAGUCACUGGGCCUGGGCCUGAGCCAUGCUGUGUGUCCAGUUGCAGCUGCUGGGGAGGAGGGGCUGACUCAGCAUCGUCCCCAUCAUUCACCCGUCUCUUGCCUCUGCAGGCUGUCUCUUCAGGGGAAGAUGUUGGCAGUAUGUGACCAGGUGCACUGGAGGCUCUCUGGCUUGCCUGGCUUGCCCUUCAGCUCCUCGUCCUGGGGAAGGACCUGGAAGGGCACUCCAGCAAGCUCGGGGCAUGUGUGUUUGCCGCCUGGAUUGGAACCAUUCCAGCGUUUCACUGGUGAGGCAGUGUGCGUGCUGCCCGUGGAUCGUCAUUUCUGGUAGCACCCCUCUGCUCAGGCUGCAUUUUUCCGCCUCCUCAUGGGAAAAGUCUGCACCCCCAUGACGUAACCAGGACACAGUCGUGAGGCCUCAGCCAGACAGGAGUGACCACAGUGUACCUGAUGGGGUGGGCGUUUCUGGGGUGAACAACUGUGCAAGGCAUAGUGGGGAUGCUGGAACUCCUUGUGUACAGGGAGCAGGGAUGCUUAUGGACUGAGUUGCAACUGUGGCUCUAAAUUCUGCAUCACAAGUCUUUACCCUGGAUAAGAAGCCAGCAGGAAAAGGAGGUCUGAGGUCAGAGACCACCCCAGGAGGGUUUAAAUCUAGGUAAAGCCAAAGAUACAGACGUAGUGAAAAGAAGGGGCACCUGCCCCCCAACGUUCAUAGGAGCAAUGUCCGCAAUGGCCAAACAGUGGAAGAAGCCGAGGUGCCCUUCAACAGACGAAUGGAUAAAGAAGAUGUGGUCCAUAUAUACAGUGGAAUAUUACUCAGCCAUC